AUGGCUACUUGUGAAAAUAGUUGUUCUACUGAAGAUGAAAAUGAUCAUCAAAUAUUAUCAUCAAAGAGAAUUAUAACAAUUUUAUCAGACGAUGAAGAUCUAGAGAUAAAUAAGAACAAUAAACGUCAACGUUCACCAUCGUUACCGAAACCUAAACCGCUACAAUUAAUGAAUAAACAAACAAUUAAAUCUAAUACGAGACAAACAUCACUAUCAAUCAUAAGAACUAACAGUGAUAGUAAUGGAAAUGAAGAAAGAAAAUGGAAUUUGCAAACUAUUUCUUCAUCAUCAAAUGAAAACUCAUCGAAACAAAAAAAGAAGAAAAUAACACAAACGAAAUCUGUAACAGUAGCACAGUCAAGAACUUCAAGUACAUUAAUUCGAACAGUCUCUUCGCCAUCUAUUACAAAAAAUGACAUCAGCAAUGAUCCAUCCCGAACAGUAUCUUUUGAUGGAGCUGUCAUAAAUGAAGAAGAUGUUUUCUCUCAAUGGAAUGAGAAAUCAAGCACUUCUUCGUCAACUAGUACGAACACAACCCAAUCGUCGUCAAUUACCGUCAAUAGUAAAUCAAUAUGGAAAGAAAUUUUUAGUAAAUCAACCAAAUCAAAACCAGUUGAUGAUGAAUUAAAACAAGAAUGGUCUGCAUUAGACAAAGAUCAACCAUCAAAUCAUUAUCGAUCUAAUGCAGCACCAGUUGGUGUAAAAAGAGCAUGUCCAUUUUACAAAAAAAUAUCCGGUACGGCAUUUUGUAUUGACGCAUUUAAUUUUGGUAACAUCGAUGGUAUACAAGCAUAUUUCCUUUCACAUUUUCAUUCGGAUCAUUAUGGUGGAUUGAAUAAAAAAUUUUCCAAUAUGCUUUAUUCCAAUCAAAUUACUUGUAACUUAUGUAAAAGUGAAUUAGGUAUUCGCUCGGAAACUAUGACCAUUCUUCCUAUGAAUGAAUUUAUCAAUGUUCAUGGCAUUGAUGUAGCCCUUUUAGAUGCAAAUCAUUGUCCUGGUUCAAAUAUGUUUUUAUUUCGAUUUGCAAAUGGUAGAUUAAUUUUACAUACAGGAGACUUUCGAGCGGCACCAACUCUUUUUAAACAUCCAUUGAUUCAACCUAAACAAAUCGAUACAGUUUAUCUGGAUACAACUUAUUGUGAUACUCGUUAUCGUUUUCCGUCACAAGAUGAAGUUAUAGAAAGUGCUGUUGGCUUAGUUUCAGAUUCAUUAAAAGAGAAUGCCAGAACGUUAAUCGCCAUUGGAACAUAUCUUAUUGGUAAAGAACGAAUAUUUCAUGCUAUUGCAAAAGCUCUUGAUUGUAAAAUAUUUGUUGAAACAAGAAAAUUUCGCAUACUAAAUCAAUUAGAAAAUGAUGACCUAUCGAAACGUUUAACAAAAAAUCCACAUGAAACGAAUGUUCAUGUUGUUGGUAUGGGUUCUAUUACUCAACCAAUGUUACAAGCACACGUGGAUAAAUAUGCAUUACGAUAUAAUAAAAUCAUUGGAAUAAAACCAACAGGUUGGACGACUCCUCGAUCGACAGGCGGAUCAAAACAUUAUUCAAUUGAAUCGAAAUCAUCAAAUAUUACUGUCUAUGGUUUUCCCUAUAGUGAACAUAGUUCUUUCGAUGAAUUAAAAGAUUUUAUUCAAUAUAUUAAACCAAAAAGAAUCAUCCCAACAGUUAAUGUUGGACGUGCCGAUUUACGUGACAAAAUGAAUGGCUAUUUUCAACAAUGGCUAUCAACUUAG